GAGUCGAGCCCAAGCGCGUCUUCCGAUAGUAUUUAAUGUAAAAAGUCUUAACCUGAUUGACUCGAACCGUGCUUAUAUUCUCUGACUGUGAUCCGAUCUAGGUGCCAUAAUAAUGUCCGUAAUUGGUGAACCGAGCUAUGCCGGGUGGGCCGCCCAGCGGGCAGCCGGCUUCGGCGGUAAUAUCACCGUUGUGGACAAGGUAUUGCCAGAUAUGUUACAUAUGGUAGAUGCCUAUUGGUACCAAUUCCCACCUAUGAACCCAUUAUGGCACGGCAUUUUGGGGUUCAUGAUCGGUGUUUUGGGCUUCGUCUCCAUUACAGGAAAUGGAAUGGUAAUUUACAUCUUUAUGGGUACAAAAGCGUUACGAACUCCCUCCAAUUUGUUAGUUGUUAAUUUAGCAUUUUCUGAUUUCCUAAUGAUGACUACUAUGGCUCCUCCUAUGGUUAUUAACUGUUAUAAUGAAACAUGGGUUUUAGGUCCAUUCUUUUGUGAGUUAUACGGUAUGUUUGGCUCACUCUUCGGCUGUGCUUCAAUCUGGACGAUGGUAUUCAUCGCCCUGGACCGAUACAAUGUUAUUGUUAAAGGACUGAGUGCUCAACCUCUUACGAAAAAGACUGCUAUGUUGAGAAUCUUGUUGAUAUGGGCUAUGUCCGUUGGUUGGACCAUUGCACCACUAUUCGGCUGGAACAGAUACGUCCCUGAGGGCAACAUGACUGCCUGCGGUACCGAUUACUUGAACCAAGAUCCGCUAAGCAAGAGCUAUCUCUACGUUUACGGAGUUUUCGUUUAUUUCUUUCCACUCUUCAUCAUCAUCUACUCAUAUUUCUUCAUCGUACAGGCUGUCGCUGCUCACGAGAAAUCCAUGAGGGAACAAGCCAAAAAGAUGAAUGUAGCCUCUCUCCGAUCUUCAGAAGCUUCACAGACAAGUGCAGAAUGCAAAUUGGCCAAAAUUGCUUUGAUGACCAUCACGCUAUGGUUUAUGGCAUGGACACCCUACUUGGUCACAAACUUCGCUGGUAUCAUGGGCAAUUCCAAAAUCAGCCCAUUGGCUACUAUCUGGUGCUCGCUCUUCGCCAAAGCUAAUGCUGUAUACAAUCCUAUAGUAUAUGGAAUUAGCCAUCCUAAAUACAGACAAGCUCUAGAAAAGAAAUUCCCAUCGUUGGUCUGCACCCAACCUCAAGACGAUACGGUCUCCACUGCAACUGGAGUCUCUGGAGGUGAUGAAAAACCAGCAGCCUAAACAAAACGGACCGAUUUUUUUUACUCGACGACUGUUUUCGUAUCUUGGUGUGCGUACGCUGGAAGAUAUGAACAACAAAAUAUUUGUAAAUAUGAACAUAAAAAAUUAACCAAAAACACAAAGGUAAUGGACUCGCAUUGUUUUUUGUUAACAUUAAACCCUGCAAGCAUUU